AUGGCGUCCAUCGCCAGUAUAUUGUGUUGCAUCCCUAGAAAUAGGCAUCAGAAUAAUACACUCCCUCCGCCACCUGAGACCCAAAUUCGGUAUCAGUCGCCUCCCGCCCCCCAUAUGGCGGUUGGUCCCGCUCGCCGCAACUUUGACCACCCGGGCGAUGUUGACGUGGACGACUACGCACCGCCCCCGAGAUACACAUCCCGUCCUGCCGACAUUGUUGGCGAUGAAAAACUUCCUACAUUCGAGCAGACUCAGUCGUUGACCAAUCGGCGGAGUUUUGAGUACCCGCUCGAUGAGAAGACCCCUUUGGACUUUGCGGUAAAUGAAGCACGAACCAAUUUUGCAAGUGACCGCUCUUCAGACGCUUCGUCGACGUUUUCUGUGCCGAGUAGCUUUGGAAACACCUCAACUGCCACUACCGAAACGCCUCCACCGCCUUACUCCUCACGUUCUUCCAGGGCACCUUCGCGACGAUCUUUCUCAACAUCCAUUUAUUCCAACGUAACUGGGGCGACACAAGCCAGCGAUAUACUACCAAUAACACAACCACCACCAGCAUUACGUCGGGGGCAUAACGGCCAGCCAUCACCAAGGACAUCGGUGGAGCAGCCACGGGACCGAAGAUCAUUUGAUCAUUCGCCUUUUCCGCCAGCGUACUCGCGGCCAUAG